AUGGCCAGGUAUGGAUUUACAGUUAAAUCUAAAGUAACGGAUGCGUGUAUUAAUGGCCAAUGGGUUUGGCCGGAGGAUUGGAGGAAUGUGUUUCCGUCAUUAUUCCAACUUCAGCCUCUUAUGUUGUCUGACAUGCAAGAUAGAGUUUUAUGGAUGAAGUCUGAUGGGAAGCUGGUGCCGUUCUCAUCAAAGGAAGUAUGGAAUGUUGUUCGGAUACGUGAUGAGCCAAAACCUUGGGCGAAAGUGGUGUGGUCGUCGUUCAAUAUUCCGAAACAUUCUUUUAUGUGUUGUCUUAUCUUCAAGAAUAAACUUUGGACUCAAGAUCGGAUUAUGAGAUGGAAUCACACCGUUACGGGCUCUAUGAAUCUUAUGUGCUGCUUGUUAUGCUACUCGGGACUAGAGACGCAUGAUCAUUUGUUCUUUGAAUGCCCAUACUCGAAAUCGGUUUGGCAUAAAGUUCGAAAGAAGGUAAACAUGGAAUCUGUUACAGAAUCAUGGGGGGAUAUCUCGAAUUGGCUGAUUUCUAGAGCUAAGUCGAAGUCAGCUAUGUCGGUUGCUAGUAGAUUAGUGGUUGCGGCUGCAGCUUAUGCCAUUUGGAGUGAAUGUAACUCGAAAUUCUUUAGUAACCGGUUGCGACCUCUAGAACAGGUGGUGGAUCUCAUUAUCAGCACGGUCCGAGCAAAGUUAAUCACUUUCAAGUACAAGCAAACGUCAAAUGUCAAGAGCUUUUUGGAAGAGUGGAAGAUGGAUAAGGAAGAUUUCUUGGAUGAAGAUUGA